GCUGACAAGACGCUACAGCCCCACAAGUGCUCGGACCGGGCUCUCAGGGGUUAACAAGUGUAUUUUGGCUCUUUGCGGCGGAGGGAUAUCACAUCGAACGUCAGCGUGGUGCUGAGGUUUGCUUAGCAAAAAUGUCUGCCUAAGGGAAACUCGCAAGUUACAUUCAGGGAAUAUUUAGCAAAUUAUCACUUGCAAGCGCGUCGUUUCCAAACUCUGCCAGGUGCGAGGAAGGAAAACAAGGUCGCCGUUUUCCCGUCAGAUCGCCCUAGUUGGAUUUUUAUACGUGAAAAGCCGUAGCGAAGCGCGCUCACGAUGAACCCUCAGCAGCGGAUCACCGCUAUCGGGACGGACAAGGAGCUGAGCGACCUGCUGGACUUCAGCGCGAUGUUUUCUCCACCAGUAAACAGUGGGAAGAACAGGCCGACUACUCUGGGCAGCAGCCAGUUUAAUGCAUCAGGAAUGGAGGAGAGGACCAGCCAGACGACCUGGGGCACAAGUGGCCAGUCGAGUCCAUCUUAUGAGUCCUCCAGGGGUUUUGCAGACAGCCCUCAUUAUGGUGAUCACUUAAAUGAAAGUCGAUUAGUGUCCCAUGAAGGAUUGUCCCCGACACCUUUUAUGAACUCCAGCAUAAUGGGUAAAACAGAACGCGCUUCAUUCCCAGCGUAUGGCCGGGAGCCUAGCAUCUCGACAUGCUCAUCUGGUCUUCGCACAGAUAUUGGGCUGUCUGGUCCCACCCCUGUUGCCGCAGCAGGAAAGACUGCCCCUCCCUUCUUCUCCUUCUCUGGCACCAAUCCAAGAAGGCGGCCUCUUCAGGAAUCAACUCCACUUGAUCCUUUACAAACAAAGAAAAUACGCAAGGUUCCCCCUGGGCUGCCGUCAUCUGUUUAUGCACCAUCUCCAAAUUCGGAUGAUUUCAACAGAGACUCUCCAACGUUCCCAUCUCCCAAACCUCCCAGCAGUAUGUUUGGAAGCACUUUCUUUGACGGGUCUCACAAUUCCCCUGACCCUUGGAACUCAUCUAACGGGAUCAGCCAGCCUGGCUAUGGUGGAAUGCUUGGGGGCUCACAGUCAGGAAACUAUGGCAAUUUGCACUCACAUGAGCGACUGAACUACCCUCCACACUCGGUUUCCCCAACAGACGUGAGCGCCAGUCUUCCUCCCAUGUCCAGCUUCCACCGCAGCAGCACCAGCACUUCGCCCUAUGUCACCGUGUCACACAGUUCUCCUCCCAAUGGUGCUGAGAGUGUCAUGGCAGGGAACCGUGGGAAUGCCACUGGAAGUUCACAGACUGGAGAUGCUCUGGGCAAAGCCCUAGCCUCUAUUUAUUCACCUGACCACACCAGUAGCAGUUUCCCAUCUAACCCCUCCACACCUGUGGGCUCGCCAUCUCCCCUCGCUGGAACAGUGGGCACAACAGGAUCCAGUCAGUGGCCCCGCGCUGCUGGCCAGACCCCCUCAUCCCCAGGUUUCGAGAACUCUUUGCACCCCCUGAAAAACCGAGUCCAUCAGCAGCUUCAUGAGCAUCUCCAAGAUGCAAUGUCUUUCUUAAAGGAUGUCUGCGAGUCUCGAAUGGAAGAUCGUUUGGACCGGUUAGAUGAUGCCAUCCAUGUGCUACGGAACCAUGCCGUAGGCUCAACUUCCAGCCUGCCUAGUGACAUCCAGGGCCUUCUUGGACAAGCGCAUAGUGGGUCCAUGGCUGCCAUCGGCGCAAACUAUCCUGCGUCUGCGCUCGUGCCAAGUCGGACACCUGCUAUGACUGGAGCUCAUCGUGAUGAAUCUUCCAGCCAUACAGGACUGUCCAGUUCUGGGCCCACUCCGAGCACAGAACUCAACCACCAGGGAGAUGGUCUCAGAGGUCUUGCCGCUGGUUUGCCUAGUCAAGUAGCAGGUGCCCUGGAGCUGAAGGUGGAGAGCCAGGAGAAGGAUGACCUGCUUGAGAAUCACUCUUCUGAUGACGUUAAGUCCGAUGAUGAAAGCGACAAGAGGGAUGUCAAGACUCCCAGAGGAGGAACUCGAACGAGCAGCAUCAAUGAAGACGAGGACCUAAACCCGGAGCAGAAAGCAGAGCGAGAGCGUGAGCGCAGGAUGGCCAACAACGCCCGGGAGCGGCUGCGGGUACGAGACAUCAAUGAAGCCUUUAAGGAGCUUGGCCGGAUGUGCCAGCUGCACCUCAAGAGUGAGAAGCCGCAGACCAAGCUGCUCAUCUUGCACCAGGCUGUCGCUGUAAUAUUGAGCCUGGAGCAGCAGGUCCGAGAACGGAACCUAAACCCCAAAGCAGCCUGUCUUAAAAGGAGGGAGGAGGAGAAGGUGUCAGCAGUGUCGGUGGACCCCCAGCAGGCACAUUCAGCAGUCCAUCCUGGCCUGGCUGACACAGCCAAUCCCAUGGGCCACCUGUGAGCAGCCCACAGAUGAAACCAUCUAAAUCCGUUUGAUAAAGAAUGGGUGACCUUGCUUCCUGAGGACAGAGAGGACUCACGAUCUGUGACAAAAAUUUGAGAAGACAAACCACUUGAAGCAAAAAUCCAGCAAAAGCAAUCCUGAGAUUGAAUAAAACUGGCAUCCAGGUCCCUAUGACAAUUUCCCUUGUGUUGAUCAGCGAAUUUCUGCCCACAAGUUUAAAAGAAAAUUCAACACAUAUCACUCUUGACAAGUGUGUUGCAUCUGAACAAUCGGAGAUUGAGGCCGUCUUCUCCACUCCGUGUGUAGGAGUGGACCUGUGCCUGAAUGAAUUGACAAAUGCAUUGUAACCACAUUUGUUUGAUUUUUGUUUCUGUUUUUUGUUAUUUAUUGUGUUACUGAACUUAAAAACAGUCUGUCUAAAGGGAACGUUAACACAUUACUUUUAGAGGCUAAUAGUGCUUCAGUUAAACUCCAGUUUGCCAGAGCCCUGGUCUCACUCACAGAGCCACAUGCAAAUUUCUUCAUCCCAGUCUGAAUGCAUCUAGAAUGAACAGAAAGGAAUGCUUAUUGCUUUUGCUAGUUCAGGAAAACAAAGCUUUUUUAAGUAAAUAAUUAAAUUCAUUCCACAGAUGACAGCAAAUAACCAAAUAUAAUGAAUUUUUGUCUGUCUGGUUUUGUUUGUGCUUUGUGUUCUGAGUCAGAAUGAAGAGCAAAAGGCCAAUGCUGUGGAGUGCAGAAGCAGCAGUUAGGACUGUCCAAGCCUGGGAUCUCUGUGACUGAAGUGUCUGAGGAAUGGCAAACUGUAGUUCUGCUAUGUGAUCAACUGAAAAGAUUAUCUGCAGUCUGGAAUGUCAUACGUAACCCUUCAGAAUUGCUUCUUUGGGAGUAAAAGCCCCUACUUUGUCCUAGUAUUGCCAUUUAACAAUGUUUUGUUGCAUUUCAGAUUUUACCCAUGGAAAGUUUGUUUUGGCAGCGUAGCACAUCCAACCAUACACUCCCAGGCCUUUUCUCUUAGAGAGCAACCCUAGGUGCCUCUUGCAGCAGCUUCAUUACAGAGAGAAACCUUGAGAGAGCAAACAGUUUCGCAUUCCCUACCUUUGUAUUACUGUCUUAAUUGAUGUAAAGGAGCCUCUCUACCUUUUUUAUUUUUUGCCAUAUAGUGUUCAGUGUAAAAAAAGGCAUUUCUGAUAUUGCAGUUUGUUUUAUAUGUGUACUUUUUUGUUUCUGGUUACAUGACUGGCUGUAGUCAUUGUUUUUAAACUUAUUUUCUGAAGUACGUAUGUUAUGUUAUUUUGCUGUGGUAUCAGAGGUUUCUUUUGAGAGGAAUUAUAAUCAAAACGAUGACCAUAACAUCAUCUGGCCUGAAUGAAAGUGUUACUGCAUAAUUUUUUUUUCCUGUCAACAAGUGUAAAACAUGCAAAAGUACAUUAUUCUAAAUACAAGUUAUCACUUUUAUUUGUAAUCAUCUGCAAAUUAUUUUUAGGCUUCAUUAGUAAAGCUUAUGUUGACCAGUGUGAAUAAGCAGAGGGGAAUUUUAAGUUAUGGAUGGCUUUUUUUUUUUUUUUUUUUCUUAUU